AUGUACUCCUCACGGGGCGGCAGCAGCAGCACACGCUUCAAGCGUGGAGGCUACCGCAGAGGUGGCAAUAGUGGUGGAGGACGAUUCCAGAAGACAAGGACCAUUACCGCGAACUCAUUACUAGCUACCGACGGCACCUCCGGAGAGGAGAAGUUUGAGUCCUUGAGACUUGCGAAUGACAUUGAUGAGCGGAUGGGCUUCGCAAGGUUUGAGGCUGGGCCUAAGAAAGUUGGUUGGCUGGUCAACAUGAAGUCUACUAUUCUGGAAGACGGCCAAGUUACCGGUGGAAAGGCGGGCGUGGACUAUUACUUUCUGGAUGAUUAUGGGGGGUCGUUCAAAGCGACUGUCUUGUAUGAUCCGUAUUUUUUAAUUGCUACUAAGCGUGGUAAUGAGCCGGAGGUAGAGGAGUGGUUGAGAAGAAAGUUUGAGGGCAUAAUCAAGAAGACUUCGAGGUUAACAAAGGAAGAUUUACGGAUGCCGAAUCAUUUGCUAGGAUACCGGAGAACCUUCAUUAAGCUGGAGUUUGUAAACGUCACGAAUUUACUGGCGGCCCGGAAAGUGCUUAUGCCGAUUGCGGAGAAGAAUAGGAAGAAUGUUAAUGCUAUGGACGCUUAUGCCGAAGUUGCUAGUGCUAGCGCCGGUUUUGACUUCAUUGAUGAAGGUAAUGACCUACGAAGGUCUACGAAUAUGGUUGAAGCUUGCGAUUUUAUAAUUGAUAUACGAGAGUAUGAUGUGCCAUAUCAUGUGCGGGUGGCUAUCGAUCAAGAGAUCCGUAUUGGAAAGUGGUAUACUGUUGAGGCCAAACAUGGCAUUGUAUCGCUUACUUGCAUUGAGGAUCGACUGAAACAGGCCGAGCCGGUCGUGCUGGCGUGGGAUAUUGAAACUACAAAGUUACCAUUAAAGUUUCCUGACGCUUCAAUUGAUCAGAUUAUGAUGAUAUCGUAUAUGAUUGAGGGAUCAGGGUUUCUCAUCACUAACAGAGAGAUUGUUUCCCAAGACAUUGAGGAUUUCGAAUACACUCCUCGACCGGAGUAUGAAGGACAUUUCAUGGUCUUCAACGAACCAGACGAGAAAGCCGUGCUUGAGCGAUUCUUCGACCACAUCAAAGAGGCAAAACCCACGGUAAUGGUAACGUACAACGGUGACUUCUUCGAUUGGCCAUUUGUAGAAGCCAGAGCCUCCCAAUUGGGCAUAGACGUGUACCGUGAGAUUGGCUUCCGGAAAAACUCUGAAGACGUCUAUUAUAGCAACUAUUCUGCCCACAUGGAUGCCUUCGCCUGGGUGAAACGUGACAGUUAUCUGCCCCAGGGGAGUCAAGGCUUGAAGGCGGUCACUACAGCAAAGCUCGGAUACGACCCCGAUGAAUUGGACCCCGAGCUUAUGACAAGGUAUGCCAUGGAGAAGCCGCAAGUCCUGGCAGAGUACUCGGUUUCCGACGCCGUGGCUACAUACUAUCUAUAUAUGAAAUACGUACACCCCUUCGUCUUUGCCCUGUGUACGAUUAUCCCGUUAGGCCCGGAUGAUGUGCUACGGAAAGGAACGGGAACCCUUUGUGAGAUGUUGCUUAUGGUCCAAGCAUAUCGGAAGGAGAUUGUCUUGCCGAACAAGCAUAAGCAGGUUGAGGAGGCAUUCUUUGAUGGUCAUUUGCUAGGGUCGGAGACAUACGUCGGUGGUCACGUCGAGUCUAUCGAAGCGGGAGUGUUCCGAAGUGAUAUCCCGGCCAAUUUCGUCAUUGAUACGGGGGCCAUUGAUAAACUCAUUGAGGACCUUGACUCUGCUUUACAAUUUAGUAUUGUUGUCGAGGGGAAGAAGAUGGAGGAUGUGACGAAUUAUGAUGAGGUCAAGGAACAAAUCAGGUCUAAACUUCAGCAAUUGAGGGACCUCCCUGCACGAAAUGAGCGACCAUCGAUAUACCAUUUGGACGUUGCUUCUAUGUACCCGAACAUUAUGACCACCAAUCGCCUUCAACCAGAUUCCAUGAUAUCAGAAUCGGACUGUGCUGCCUGUGACUUCAACCGACCUGGAAAAACCUGUGACCGGCGGCUACCAUGGGCUUGGAGAGGAGAAUAUCUCCCCGCCAAGAGAGACGAGUACAAUAUGAUUAGGUAUUCACUAGAGAACGAGAAAUUUCCUCCUAAGCAUCCGAAAUCACCCCAAAGAACAUGGGAUGAUCUGACAAGCGAGGAGCAAGCCUCGGCAAUCAAGAAGCGUCUUGCAGACUAUAGCAAGAAGGUCUACCAUAAGAUUCAUGAAACCAAAACAAUUGAGAAAGAAGCCAUUAUCUGUCAGCGCGAGAAUCCAUUCUACGUCGAUACUGUCAAGAACUUCCGUGAUCGUCGCUACGACUUCAAGGGGAAGCAAAAAGCAUGGAAGCGUAAAGCAGAUGACCUUAAGGCCUCCGGUGCCACCGCUGCAGAGAUCGAUGAAGCGAAUAAGAUGACUGUCUUGUUCGACUCUAUGCAGCUUGCUCACAAAGUCAUUCUUAAUUCCUUCUACGGAUACGUCAUGAGAAAAGGAUCUCGCUGGUAUUCUAUGGAGAUGGCUGGUGUCACUUGUCUUACUGGUGCUCACAUAAUUCAAUUGGCUAAAGAAAUCGUCGAGCGGAUCGGGAGACCAUUAGAGCUGGAUACCGACGGUAUUUGGUGUAUUCUCCCAGGGACAUUUCCGGAGAACUUUGCGUUCACACUCGAGGGUGGGAAGAAGCUGCCGAUAUCUUACCCUUGCGUGAUGUUGAACCAUCUGGUCCAUGCAAAGUUUACCAAUCACCAGUAUUCAGAACUUGUGGAUCCCGCCACCCACAGAUAUAAGACCCAUAGCGAAAACACUAUCUUCUUUGAGGUCGAUGGGCCUUAUAGGGCUAUGAUCCUGCCUACGUCCAAAGAGGAGGAUAAGAAUUUAAAGAAACGUUAUGCUGUGUUCAAUCAUGAUGGGAGUUUGGCGGAACUGAAGGGGUUCGAAGUCAAGCGCCGCGGCGAACUAAAACUAAUCAAGAUAUUCCAGUCUCAAAUUUUUAAAUUCUUCUUGGAGGGAACGAGUUUAGAGGAGUGUUAUGGCGCCGUAGCUAAGACUGCCAAUCGUUGGCUUGAUGUUCUGCAUUUACGUGGUAGAACGCUCGCCGAUGAGGAGCUCAUUGACUUGAUUUGUGAAAACAGAAGUAUGUCAAAGACAUUGGCGGAGUAUGGUUCUCAGAAGUCGACGUCUAUUACCACCGCGAAGCGGCUGGCAGAGUUCUUGGGCGAGCAAAUGGUGAAGGACAAAGGUCUCAACUGCAAAUACAUUGUGUCCGCAAAACCUCGAAACGCACCUAAAGUUGACAACCCAGUACCUAGGGUGCCACAUCCGGACUGGCUGCAGAGACGUAUCGACAUCGAGGAUGACAGGUUUAAGCAGAAGAAGAUGACGGAUAUGUUUCAGAAACGGACCGAGUUGGAGAUUGUCCCUCCUGGAGUGUCUAUGCACUUGGACGAUAUGGAAGACUUUGGCGGCACUACUACGAUGCCUUUAAACCGGCCUAUGCUUGCAACUGCGAAGCGUCUUGGGAAGAGGAAGGCGCCUGAUACACCUGCUCCGGUCGGGGGCGAUCCGUUUGCUAGCCUGCCCGCUGUGAUGCCACCGAUGACAGAGGAUUACAAAGGGUGGUUGCAGUACCAGAAGAAAAAGUGGAAAAUUCAAAAACACGCUCGGACUAGGCGGAGGCAAUUGUUCGGGGACAGGAGCUCUCUUCAGGCGGACUCUAUUGGUGGCUUCUUCAGGAAUCAGACGGAGUUCAUGCUUUCGAAUACCUGGGAGAUUUUGCAACUUCGGCCGACGGAUAUGCCUGGUGAAGUUAGGGCUUUCAUAUUAGUCGGUAGGAAGAUUAUCACCUUGAAGAUUAAGGUUCCACGUCAAAUAUUUAUCAAUUUUAAGAGUGAGGAGCUUCCGGAUGUUACUGUUAAAGGGUGCAUAGUAGAAAGGGUUAACCAUACUCUUCCAAAUGGCCAUCCUUCGGGGAAUCUCUUCAAGUUGGUGGUGCCCGAGGAUACAUACAUAUCUGAGCAGAAGGCUUUCUCGAUUAUCUUCUCGCACGCUAGCGUCGAAGGUGUGUACGAAACUCAAGUUCCUAUGAGUAUUCGUGCUCUGCUCGAAUUAGGUAAUAGUUGCACCUUCGAUGAGUCCCAGCGGGGUGUGCUUGGGAAGGGCCUUGACCAUGGGUUCGACUUGUCUUCAUUGAAAUCGAAAGAGGCGAAGAGACCUUACCUCCAGAUCGGCGGUAUGGACUACCUGUUUUUGUAUCAUGUGGUUGCGGGUGACCGCCAGGUCUUUGGCCUCUUCCCACCCGGAGGAGAAGCGCAUGUUGUAGUUUAUAAUGCGACACGGGAAGCCCAGGGCCUCCCGAACAUGGACAAGAUAUACGCUGAGCAAUUCACCCGAAGGAUGGAAACGGCUAACGGUCCCGGAGAUAGCAUGAUCGAGUACCCAGCCACACUACACUUUCAAACAACUUAUGUCAAUACGAAAAAGAAGCUAGAGAAGGAGUUGACUGAUCUAUUGAAGGGGAUCCGGAAUGAGGAGUCGAAGCCAACUACGCUUGUUAUUCAAUCCCCACAACAAAGGACUCUGGUGGAUGCUGUGUCUAUCUUGAGCGAGUUCCCUAUCCUCACCUUACGCUCAGAUCCCGCGGACAAUAGCCUGCCUCUUGGUUGGCAGACAUUCGUGGCUAAGAGGAUUGUAACACAUUACCUGGCUUUGGGGGCGUGGAUACUGCACUUGGUAGAGCUAGCGCGUUAUGGAAGGAUCCCGCUAUGUAACCUGGAGAGGGAUGAUCCAACUUUCCUGAUUGACAUUGACUAUGCACGACGGCUACAAAAAAAUAAUGUUGUGCUGUGGUGGUCACCCUCACCCAAGCCAGACCACGGAGGAUAUGAGAAGGAUGAUAUCUUAGGGUCUAUGGAAACAGUCGAUAUGCCUGCUAUCAAUAACCCUGGGUCGUAUUCGUCCGUCUGCAUUGAGAUCGAGGUCCGGAAUUUGGCUAUCAACACAAUCCUUACGUCCUCUUUAAUAAAUGAGCUGGAGGGGAGCGAUUCUGUUGCUAUGAACCCGGCAGCACCUCAAGGUGAUGAUCCAACUGAUGGGACUAAUAUUAUUUUCGCAAACAACGCGUUCACUACAGCUGGGGUGGCAGUUUUACGGGAGAUGGUCAAGGCCUGGUCUGCUCUAGCUACUCGAGGGCAGCCGGUGGCGGAAAUUAUGGUUGAGCACUUGGUUCGCUGGGUCGAGAGCCCGGAUUCAUUCCUUUACGACCGGGCAUUACACUACUACGUCCAGACCAUGUCUAAGAAGGCUUUCCUGCAACUUCUGACUGAUUUCCGGAGAGUUGGGUCCCAUAUUGUGUUUGCGAAUGUCAACAAACUUCUUGUUCAGACUACUAAGACGGAUGUUGGGAAUGCUUAUGCUUAUAGCGAGUACAUUAUCAAAGCUAUCCGGGCAAAACCGUUGUUCAACUUUCUCGAUUUGAAGAUUAAUGAGUAUUGGGACUAUCUUGUCUGGUAUGAUGAGAUGAACCAUGGGGGAAAGGCUUGUGAGAAGAUCGUCGAAGCGGAGAAUCAGGAGUUGAACAUUAUCAUGCAUUGGCAAUUUGCGAAGUUCCUUCCACAAACUUUGCAGACAAUCUUCCAUGAUUGGGUAGUUGAGUUUGUAGAGGCCAUUCACGCUCAGAAGAACCCGUCCGCGUCAGGACCCAAUGCUUCAACGCCAUGGCCUACCCAGAUUUUCUUCAAAAUGUCUGAGGAUUCGGGCGACAAGGUCAUCCUCGGCAACGAAUUCAAGAAGCCCCUCCGUAAGCAAAUCGGUCAGCUCAUCCGCCGCCAGCAAGAAUCUAUGAUCCACCCGGAAAUCGACGUCGACUUUGAAUUCCCCUCCUUACCAGGCGCCUACCGGGAUAUGAAGAACCCCGUCCUGCAGCUCGUCCGCUCCCUAACAGCGGUCUUCGGCCUUGCCAAAGAAAUCAACACAGAAGCACGCAUCCUCCGCAAGGAACUCCUGGCGUUGCUCGACAUCAAAGAGUUUAGCAAAGAGGGUACAUUCGAGAACCCCAGUGAAACGCUCAAAUUCUCCCAAGUGAUCUGCAAGAACUGUGCCCUCCCACGCGACAUGGACUUGUGCAAGGAUGAGGACCUGAUGCCGGAAGUCACGGCCGACGGCCAACUCCGCGGGCGUGCCUGGAAGUGCAAGUUUGAUUUUUGCGGCGGCGAGUUCGACCGCUUGGCGUUCGAGGAGAAGAUGAUAUCGCAGUUGCACCAGUUUGUCACGGCGUAUAAUGUCCAGGACCUCAAGUGUGGGAAGUGUCAAACUUUAAAGGUCAAUGAGUUUAUGGAGCAUUGCUCGUGUUCGGGGCCCUGGGUGCUUACGGCUGAGAGGGAGGUGCUUGUUAAGAGGUUACAUGUGUAUAAGAGUGUUGCGGAACAUUACUCCUUUAGGAUGCUGGAGGGCGUUGUCGGGGAUAUUAUGGGAUGUGUCUGA